UCUCCAAACACAUGCGCGGUAGUGUUACAGCUCUUUUAGAAUUUGUCUAGCAGGCUUUCCGGUUUUUUUUUACUGGAAAGCCCCUCUUAUGUAGUUUGUUUUUAACAGCAGAUUAUUUUCACUGUGCACAAAUAAUGUCUGUGGGUAGGUUUGUUGGUCUAAAUGCUGUUAAGUCCGCGGUGUGAAAAUUUGGGCCACGCCUGGAGGCUUCCGGCUGCGCUGGAUGCUGCUUCCUUUCCGCCCCCACUAGCCUUGGGAACGGUUGUAGGACGUGGCUCUUUAUUCGUGAGUUUUCCAUUUACCUCCGCUGAACCUACAGCUUCAGACGCCCUAUGGCGUCCGCCUCGACCCAACCGGCGGCCCUGAGCGCUGAGCAAGCGAAGGUGGUCCUGGCGGAGGUGAUCCAGGCGUUCUCCGCCCCGGAGAAUGCAGUGCGCAUGGACGAGGCUCGGGAUAACGCCUGCAAUGACAUGGGUAAGAUGCUGCAAUUCGUGCUGCCCGUGGCCACGCAGAUCCAGCAGGAGGUUAUCAAAGCCUAUGGCUUCAGCUGCGACGGGGAAGGUGUCCUUAAGUUUGCUCGCUUGGUCAAGUCCUACGAAGCCCAGGAUCCUGAGAUCGCCAGCCUGUCAGGCAAGCUGAAGGCGCUGUUCCUGCCGCCCAUGACCCUGCCACCCCAUGGGCCUGCUGCUGGUGGCAGCGUGGCCGCCUCCUGAGAGUUGGCCCUCCCUUGUGCCACUGCCAGGGGAGGAAAGGCCUUGAUGUUCCAGACAAUAAUAAAUGCGCCUGUGACUUA